AAACGAACGCGUAAAUCCGCUUGCUUCUGUCGUCUGCUGUCAAACGUUGUUUGUUGCCGCAGCAAACUUUCUCAUACGCACAGUGCGCGCGCGAUCACCACUGCCAACCCUCGAAAACAAAGGGCGGGCCGACCUUAUUUUCACAAGUUUACGGUCAAAACGUUCGGAUUAAUUCAGAAUAAACCGUCUAUUUCAUUUAAAAACUUUUAUUUGUGUCUGCGGGACGGGUGAAAACAGAAAACUUGCAAGGCAUUUCAAACCGCUGGAGUGGCGCACCUGGAGCACAACAAAAGCCAACAGUUUGUCUGAAAGUUGAAUUAUAACGUUUUCCGUUACUUAAAUCCCCCCGAAUCGUUUCGUAUUUCGAUAAGCGAAUUGUUUGAACGUUUCAAGAGACUCGCGAGUCCCGAAAAGUGUGCAUUGUGCGGAGCUGAUGAGGUGAUCGGAACCGGAAACCGACUCUGGCAGCGCCGCUACCCAACAACACCGAGAAUUCAAACAACAUCAACAAACGCCCAGCGUCAACGGCCCUUGCGAGUUGCCUAGCGCGAGCGUCUCUUGCGACUUCAUCGCCCGGAGUGUGUUUACAUCGUUGGAAAUGGCAUCUUAUGUCGUGUCGCCGUCGCCGCAGUGGAGGUACCCCGUGGAGAACGAGCAAAGCCGAAAUAUGACGACCCUGAGCAGCAACAACUAUCCCUCCAGCAACGGAAAUUACCUGAGACCGAGGGUGGUCUACAGCAAAGGGCCCUGCCCCUUGUCCAUGCCCAACCUGUCGGCCCCUGCUUCGCCCCGGGCCUCAUCCCUAUCCAACAUCAUGAUGGGCUUCCAAGAGAACCAACGGUUUGAAAAAUACUCCCGUAAAGUGUUCAUUGGAGGCCUGCCUCCUGACAUAAAUGAAAAGGAGAUUUACUCAGCAUUCAGACGUUUUGGUCCUUUGACCGUCAAUUGGCCUCAGAAAGGAGAAACGAGACCCCAUUACCCACCUCGAGGCUAUGCAUUCCUCAUAUUCCAGGAAGAAGAGUCUGUGCAGCUGCUCAUUGAUGCCUGCAUACAGAAACCUGCUGAGACGCCUCGUAUGUCAGAGAGGUCCCGCUUGCCCCUAGUAGCGCAAGCCAAUGGCAUUCCACAGAGGCUCCAAGCGUCUCAACCACCCGUUGUCGUCCAGCUUCCUGUGCUCACUCUGCAGCCCCAGCUGUAUAUCAGUGUCUCAUCACACCUCCAGCCCAACAAGCUUGUGCAAAUCCGACCAUGGAAUCUGACUGAUGCAGAAUACACUUUGGAUGACUCUGUGCCUCUAGAUCCUCGCAAGACAGUCUUUGUUGGAGGUGUUCCCCGACCCUUCAAAGCAGUUGAACUUGCUUGCUUGAUGAAUGAUCUCUUUGGCAAUGUCUGCUGCGCUGGUAUUGACACUGACCCAGACUUGAGGUAUCCCAAAGGAGCUGCCCGGGUUACUUUCACUACCCGUGAGAGCUACCUCAGAGCUAUUGAAGUGAGGUUUGUGGAAGUCCAAAUGCCAGAUCAGAGGAAAAGAAUGGAAGUGAAACCAUUUGUCCUGGAUGAUCAGUUAUGUGACCAAUGUAUUGACAUUGACAGAAAAAGUGGCCCAUACUUUUGUGGCAAUCUAAUCUGCCUUCAGUACUAUUGUGAAUUUUGCUGGUCUCAAAUUCAUUCUGAAGAUGAAAAGAUGUUCCACAAACCCAUUGUGAAGGAGUGGGCUGACCGCCCCAGAACAUUAGCAUACCGUCGUUGCUGAGAGUGAGCUGCUGUCACAUCCUGUCUGUCAUCAAUACCAUUAUGAACUCUAUGUAGUUGGCAGGAGUAUAUUACAUUGUUUUAUGUGUAUUUGUUGUUGGAGGUGACUUUCCACCUUAAUUUCAUUGUUUAGCUUCUUGUUUUAUUUUAAUUAAUUUUCUACAUGUCAUGGAAGCAUUUAGUCCCCUUUUUAAAAAAUGAAUUUCCAGCUGUACCAGAAUUGAAAUGUUAGUUUAUUUAUCUUGCAUUCUAUUCACUUAUUUUGGCCAAAUGUUAGUAGGCUUCUACCGUUCUUGAGAUGCCUAUGCCUAUAUUGUUAGGAUUGUCGCUCUAGUCCUGCAAUUUCUUCACAUUCAAGUGCUUUUGUUCCUUUCGUUGUUGUUUUUUGUUUUAAGCUUACAAAAUGGCAGUCAGCCUAUUUAUGUUUAUUUAUGUUACCAUAAUAUUUUAAUGAAUUUUCCCAUCUCUGUAAGUGUUUGGAGUAAGAAAUGAAUUUUCUCUGACUGGCAUAAAACUUCCUGCCUGUGAAGUUACAGAGCCUCUAAUGAACUAUUGACCUGUAAUUAAUGAACUACAUGGUGUUACAAAAUGUAUCCCAAGUACAGUGUCAAUGUUAUGUUAAUGAACUAAUUUAAAUUGAGUCAGUAUUAUAACUACCUGUUUCAAUGAAUUUUAAAGAGUUAUUUAAAUGUUUGUUAAUCUCAAAUACCUUAUAUUGAAUACUUUGUUGUAUCUUAAAAGUUUAUUUAUAUAUUGUUUAUUCUAGUACUCCUGCAAUGAUUGAUAGUAAUUGGCUGACAUGUUGAAUUUUAAGAGGUAAAGUGAGUGCUGUGUUCUUGAUUCUCCAGCAAGGCUUUGCUCUGUAAUUGUGGUGCGAUGGGUUCUUCCUCUCAGUUAUUGUUUCCAUCAAAGCUAGUCCCCAUGGAUGUUGCUUAGCAAAAACUUUGUAUGUUCCUUUUAAUAACAUGAUUUUAAUUCGUUUAUUGACCAACCCAUUUCUACUUCUGUGAAAAAUGUUUCACUUUUGACUCGAUUUCCUGUUUGUAUUUCAAAAUGAUUGGACUGUCUCCAAGAUAUUGUUUUUAAAAGUCCGUUUUUUUUUGCACUGCUCUUUGAAUGAGGUUUUAAAUUUAAUGACAUUUCCUUUACUUUCCUUAAUUUUGUAAUUUUUCAAUUGAAUGUAUGGUUUGUCCGUGUUUUUUUAAAAACUUGUAAAGUGGUCUGGAAUCUUCUGGAAUGCUGCAAUCAACAUCUUCUUCCUCUGUCUGUUCCAAUUAAUACUAUUGUCUUCCAACUAGGAUAAGUUUCUUCAUUUGUGUAUUUGCAGAUCGUUUGUUUGAUUGGUCGCACAUGCAACUCACUAAUAAGCCUUUGUAAUAAAAAAGGAAAAUUGA